AAAUAGUUGCAAUCUCAAUAUCCUUUAGUUUGAGUCUUUGAGGUUGAUGAAUGAUAAAAAUGUUGUGGGAUACCCAUACCAUACCAUACCAUAGCAUACGAUACUCAUAAAUAAUUGUGCUUCCAAAAGGAAAUAGACUUUGUAGGGCCACGGGUUUGGAGUAGUUCCACUCUCCAAUCCUCACCCGGAACACAAAAUAGCCCAAACCAUGCUCCGUCUUCAAUGGCUUUCUUCUUCCUUGCUUCCCACAUUCAACCCCGAACUCUCCCCGGAAACCUUAUCCAACCCCAGACUUUGUAGUCUCAACUUCCGUCGCCCACUCCUCACUCUCACUACUACACGCAAACCUUCUCCAAAAUGCCAAUACUCCUGGAACACGCACCAGCACCAACAAUCAUCCUUCGAACCGGCCUCUCAGACCGAUUCCUUUUCCCCACAGUCCCGCGCCGGAGCUGCUGCUGCAUUGCCUCCGAGGUUUUUUGUUGGUCAUUCGAUAUACAAAGGGAAGGCUGCUCUUACAGUUGAGCCUAGGCCACCAGAGUUUACACCUCUAGAUUCAGGAGCGUUCAAAAUAUCCAGGGAAGGAUUGGUUAUGCUUCAAUUUGCUCCUGCAGCUGGUGUUCGUCAAUAUGAUUGGAGCAGAAAACAGGUAUUCUCAUUAUCAGUGACAGAAUUGGGAAGUCUCAUUGCCCUUGGCCCACGUGAGGCUUGUGAAUUUUUUCACGACCCCUAUAAGGGAAAAAGUGAUGAAGGGAAGGUCAGAAAGAUACUAAAAGUGGAGCCUCUUCCGGAUGGUUCUGGUCAUUUCUUCAAUCUCAGCGUUCAGAACAAGCUAAUCAACGUGGACGAGAGCAUUUAUAUUCCCAUCACCAAAGCAGAGUAUACUGUACUUGUUGAGGCUUUCAAGUUUAUCUUGCCGCACCUCAUGGGUUGGCAUACAAUUGCAAACACCAUGACGAAGCCUGAAGAUAGCAGCCGAGGAAAUACCGCCAAUCCCAGAUAUGGAGGUGACUUUGAAUGGAACAGAUAGUCUCUACUUUUUCUAGGCUGAAGAUGAUUGUUGUGCUUAUUUCAGUUAUCCUGAUCAAAAUAGUUAGCUAAUCACCUUUUGUAAUCUAUGGGUCCACGUUUUUUAAUAUAUCUCUAAACCUUAAAUAUACAUAUAUGGAAGUUACAUUAGUUAUUGCA